AUGGAAAGACUUAUUCGUCCUGUUUCACGGCAAUUGCUGCGUCCUCGACCUCGGUAUCCUUUUGCUGUUCCGCCGCCGGUCUAUGCGAAGCGUCUUUACACAAUGGGCCAUACUGUGCCUCCGCUGAAAGAUCAAUCGCUCUUCAUCCAGAAGGCGUAUGUUAAUGGAAAGUGGGUGGGGGCUCAAUCCGGGAAAACAUUCGAAGUGCACGACCCCGCAUCCGGAAAACUCAUUGGAACGUGCCCCGAAUUCGACGGUUCUGAUACCGAAAAGGCCAUCCAGGCUGCCUCCGAAGCGUUCUCUACAUUCCGUACAACAUUGGGUCGCGAACGUUCCCGAAUGCUGCGUCGGUGGCAUCAAUUGAUGGUUGACAAUGCGGAGGAUCUGGCAACACUCAUCACAUGGGAGAAUGGGAAGCCAUUGGCGGAUGCCAAGGGUGAGGUCAACUACGCGGCCAGCUUCUUUGAAUGGUUCAGCGAGGAAGCUCCCCGUAUCUACGGUGACACUAUUCCUGCCUCGGUGCCGGGAAACCGUAUCAUGACCCUUAAGCAGCCCGUUGGUGUCUGCGGUCUCAUUACGCCGUGGAACUUCCCAGCAGCCAUGAUCACAAGAAAGAUCGGACCUGCUCUGGCGGCGGGCUGCACAGUUGUGGUGAAGACCCCUGGUGAGACACCAUUCACGGCGAACGCUUUGGCAGAGCUGGCCCACCGGGCAGGUAUCCCCAAGGGUGUCGUCAACAUUGUCACUGCCUCGGCCAACACACCUGAGGUUGGUGAGUCUUUGACGACUCACCCAGAGGUCCGCAAGGUGUCCUUCACCGGAUCGACAAACGUCGGUAAGCUGCUCAUGAAGCAGUCUGCCUCUACGAUCAAGAAGGUCUCUUGGGAACUCGGAGGCAACGCUCCCUUCAUUGUGUUUGAUGAUGUCAAGGACCUCGACGCUGCCGUCGCUGGUGCCAUCGCCUCCAAGUUCCGCAGCUCGGGCCAGACUUGCGUUUGUGCCAACCGGAUCUACGUGCAGAAGGGUGUGUACGAAGAGUUCUCCAAGCGUUUCGUCGAGAAGGUCAAGGGAUUCAAGAUUGGUGGUGGUUUCGAAGACGGAAUCACCCACGGCCCCGUUAUCCAUGGCCGCGCUGUUGCCAAGGUCGACCAGCAUGUCCAAGAUGCCGCGUCGAAGGGUGCUAAGGUGGCUCACGGAGGCCAACAGCUUUCCCACCUGGGCCCUAACUUUUACGACCUGACCGUCCUGACUGGUAUGACCAAGGACAUGCUGGUUGCCUCUGAGGAAACAUUUGGCCCUGUGGCCGGGCUGUUCCCGUUCGAGUCGGAGAAGGAUGUUGUUGACCUGGCGAACAGUGCCGAGGUUGGCCUUGCCGGUUACUUCUUCAGCAGUGACCUCAAGCGGAUCUUCCGUGUGGCUGAAGCCUUGGAGGUCGGCAUGGUUGGUGUUAACACUGGUCUUAUCAGCGAUGCUGCAUCUCCAUUUGGUGGUGUCAAGCAAAGUGGAUUUGGCCGUGAAGGCAGCAAGUACGGCAUUGAUGAGUUUAUGGUGAUCAAGAGCGUUACCUUUGGUGGUAUGAAUGAGCCUUUGCAGGCAUAA